AUGGCAUUCACGGACAGGACUCCUCAAUUCCGAGAAAUCGUCGCCAAGUCGUCGUUACCGGACGCGAAGAGGCGGAAGACUGGCAAAGCAGCAAAACGAGGCCGCGACGAAUCGGACGAGGCACAAACAUUAUUGAAUAAGGAAUACAUGCGGGAGGCAUACAACAUUUUAAACCACAUAAAUAACCUAUCCAGAAUGCUCUCAAGCAUUCGAAGAGCUUACUUAGCCGUCGACUCAACUUCCUCCUCCUUCCUACGUCAACCUUCCCGUGCACUAGAAUUUGAUGGCUCAGAACAGUCGUGGUCAUCCAUCCGACAUCUUACAAACGAGGAACGGGAUCAAAUAGAUAUGCAAGCCCGGAUAAUACUCUCGAAAUGUGCCGACCGUGUGAAGCAGCUAGAGGCACUUGACAAAAAACGAGCGGAAUUAGCAUCAGCAGAUACGAAUCUCCUUACCCGCCUACUUCCGAGUCGUUUGAAGCAAGACUCAUCCACUAACUCAGUGGCAGGCCGGGCAGCACAUAACUCAAGCGUGACAUAUUAUCUCAACCGCCGACUUGCUCAGGCUGGUCAAAUGCAAAAGGAGAUGCAAGAAGAACGCAUAAAGCGGCAGAUGGAGCGGACGCGCACGCUCGGGUCAGGUGCAGCCCGAGAAGCAGUAAGCAUGGGUUUAGGUGACCUUAUCCCAGUUCCCGAGCCUAUACCUCUGGCUGGUUCAUCCAGUACGAGGAACUGGCUUGGAGACGCUGCGUCUAAUAUUGCGUCGUCAAUUGGACUUCCUUCCCCAUCCAUGUCUUCCACCUCGCCUAGACCAGGUGGACCAACUCAACCACAGCCGAUGGAUGACGAAUUUGACGACGACGAAGAUGACGAUCUUGAAUUGUCCGCGUCCCAGAUCCAACAAUUCGAGUCAGAAAACGCAAACAUCCUUCGCUCUGUGCAAGACACGCUCGCGUCUGUCCAGCAAGCUGAACAACGACUUAUGGACAUCAGUGCUCUACAAACUGAGCUCGUCACGCACCUCACGAAACAAUCUGAGAUUACGGACCAACUGUACGAAGAUGCCAUCAGUACGACUGCUGCUAUGGAAAAGGGAAACGAACAGCUAACAGAGGCAAAACGUCGCGCAAAAGAUAGUCGGCUCUAUAUUCUCGUAUUCCUGGUUGGGACCAGUCUAGCUUUGUUAUUCUUACAUAACUAUUAAUAUGGACAUUAAUAUUUUGCAACUUUUGUCUUUUUGCCUAUUUCGAUCUGGUCAUACCCCGA